GCAGAGGGCAGCCGGCAGGUCACACAGCUGCAGCGCGGAGCCCGCGGACCGCCGGGACCGUUCGAGGGGGCGGACGCUGAGCUCGGGGCCGAGGGGGCGCCGGAUCCCGGGGCGCACGGCCGACGGCGGGCCGAGCGCGAGCCGUAUGAGUGCAUGGAUCCCGGCGCCGCGCUGCACAGGCCGGCCGGGGGCGGCGGCCUGGGCGCGGGCUCUCCGGCGCUGUCGGGCGGCCAGGGGCGCCGGAGGAAGCAGCCCCCCAGGCCGGCGGACUUCAAGCUGCAGGUCAUCAUCAUCGGCUCCCGGGACGUGGGCAAGACCAGCCUGAUGGAGCGCUUUACCGACGACACCUUCUGCGAGGCCUGCAAGUCCACCGUGGGUGUUGACUUUAAAAUCAAGACUGUAGAGCCAAGAGGAAAGAAAAUUAGAUUACAGAUCUGGGACACAGCAGGUCAGGAGAGAUUUAACAGCAUUACCUCAGCUUAUUACAGAAGUGCCAAGGGAAUCAUAUUAGUGUAUGAUAUCACCAAGAAGGAGACGUUUGAUGACUUGCCGAAAUAGAUGAAAAUGAUUGACAAGUAUGCUUCUGAAGAUGCAGAGCUUCUCUUAGUUGGAAAUAAGCUGGACUUAAACAGAGAAAUCACCAGACAGCAAGGAGAAAAGUUUGCACAGCAGAUAGCUGGGAUGCGGUUCUGUGAAGCCAGCGCCAAGGAUAACUUCAAUGUGGAUGAGAUAUUUCUGAAACUCGUUGAUGACAUUCUGAAAAAGAUGCCUCUGGAUAUUUUGAGGAAUGAGUUGUCCAAUAGCAUCCUCUCGUUACAACCAGAGCCAGAUAUCCCACCAGAACUGCCUCCACCUCGACUGCACGUCCGAUGCUGUUGAUUUGCUACUUUGCAGACAAAGUGCAGCAAAAAAUUCCUAGAAAGGGGAAAACAUUCUCUUCCGCACUACAAUCAUUUUGACAAUUUCCUUUCACACUUUGUAAUCCAAGUCAGAGCUAUACACUAACUUGUAAAUAUGCAAAUAUGCAAUCCUGGGUAAGUUUGGGUUAUAAGUUACAUAUUUCCCUCCAAAUUCUGUUUCCUUCAUCGCCCCAGUGUCUAGUGUACCUACACUGGGAGAUGUAGUACUUCUAAUAUAUGAAGAAUGGGAGAGAAGAAGGUAGAUGGUUUCUUAAGUAACAUAAUUGUCCUUGUUAAUUAUGAGGACAGAUAU